AUGGCGCGGAGGGCAGAGCCGGUCCCCCUGAGCCGCCAGCAGCUGGAGGAGCUGCGGGUCUUCAAGAUUCAGACCCGGAUCGCUAACGAGAAGUACCUGAGAACCCACAAAGAGGUGGACCUGCUCAUAAGUGGUUUCUUCAGAGAAAUACUGCAAAGACGACCAGAAAACAUCCCUGAGUUUGCUGCUGUCUAUUUCACGGAUCCAGAACUUCCCAAUAAGAUUCAGAUGGAGCUAAUGAAAGAGAAGAAAGUGACUUAAUUAGCAGAAUCUUGACGCUCGGCGGCUGCUGAGAACCCCACAGCUAGCUGGCCUCGACGGUGGACGCCUCCCUUUCCCUUCCCAGCAGAGGCGCCUUACUUCUCUCUGGAUCCUUCAGAAGCAAGCAGGUCUGUGUCCAUGAGCUUGGCUUUGGUGCUGCCUUGGACUCUGUUGGCUUUAGCAGAUGUGACUCAGACUAAGCAGACCCUCAUGCUUGGCUGUGACUCAGAAAGUGGGGCUCUUCAGCCCCCUGCUGAAGGCCUGUCUCCCCACUAGCGCCUUCAGUCAGUUCCCUCUCAGGCCCAUGAAUGGAAGCGAGCUACCCUCGAGGCACCCACUGGAUUUAGC